AUGGUAAUCGACAACAUUACAGUUAUCAAUACAACGGUCAACAUCACCGGGAUAAUUCCGAUGGUGACCUUACACAGCAUUACCUUAUGGUUCAUCGUCGUGACCUUUAUCAGUCUGGCCGGUGCCGCCACCGGAUUUCUAUUGGUGACGGCGCUCUUCCACCAGCACAAUUUCAAAGAAGGCGCCAAUCCCCUAAUCAUCCAUUUGCUCCUCGUCGACAGUUUCAACCUGGCGCUUCCGACGAUCAUAGCCAACGCCGUCAUCUACACAUCCCAAGCCCAACUUCCGUUCUCAAUAAACUGCGUCCCGCUCUUCUUCAUCCAGUACACGGGGAUCGCGUUAUCCCACUGGAACUCGGUGUUCCUGGCGAUUAACCGCCUGAUCGCCAUCACCCUCCCGCAUUAUUACCGGGGCGCCUCCCAUCCGGCGGUAUUGACCGGAAUGAUCGCUUUUACCUGGGCGAUCAGUCUCGUCUCCACCGCCCCGCAUUUGUGGGAUUAUGCGGCGUCGUACCGGCUCAUCCCGCCCAUUGGGUACUGCGGGACGCUGCCAAAUAAUCUCCCCGUGUACGCGAUUCUCAACGGGAUGUCCAGCGGCGGCGGGGCGGGCGCGACGUGA